AUGGCUCCCUUAGCCGAAGUCGGGGGCUUCCUGGGCGGCCUGGAGGGCCUGGGCCAGCCGGUGGGCUCGCACUUCCUCCUGCCCCCGGCGGGGGAGCGGCCGCCGCUGCUGGGCGAGCGCAGGGGCGCGGCGGAGCGGGGCGCGCGCGGCGGGCCGGGGGCGGCGGAGCUGGCGCACCUGCACGGCAUCCUGCGCCGCCGCCAGCUCUACUGCCGCACCGGCUUCCACCUGCAGAUCCUGCCCGACGGCAGCGUGCAGGGCACCCGGCAGGACCACAGCCUCUUCGGUAUCCUGGAAUUCAUCAGCGUGGCAGUGGGACUGGUCAGCAUUAGAGGUGUGGACAGUGGUCUUUACCUUGGAAUGAAUGAAAAAGGAGAGCUCUAUGGAUCAGAGAAACUGACUUCCGAAUGCAUCUUUAGGGAGCAGUUUGAAGAGAACUGGUAUAACACCUACUCAUCCAACGUAUAUAAACAUGGGGACUCUGGCCGCAGGUAUUUUGUGGCACUUAACAAGGAUGGAACCCCUAGAGAUGGGGCCAGGUCCAAAAGACAUCAGAAAUUUACCCAUUUCUUACCUAGACCGGUGGAUCCAGACAGAGUUCCGGAAUUGUACAAGGACCUGCUGAUGUACACUUGAAAUGUGAUCGUAUCUUUAUGGAAGAACAAAACCACAAACAUCCCUUCUUAGAACAGUUUCCACUGUAAAAUAAUAACCCAAGAAGACGCUUAGAAUGUUACAGCAUCUAUUUUUUACUGGAAGAUUGAAUUUAGAAAGAAUAUUGAGAAAAAAAUUGACUUGAAGUGGCUCAAGAUCACUCUUUAUAAGUGGAUUGAAUUUCUUUAGGUCCCUUGGUUAAGUCCUUACCAGUAGACUGAAGCUGAAAAUCUGUUACAAACCGUGGAUAAUGGGAACCCAUCAAGUUUGCUGCUGGUGCCUAACCCCUCUGGAUUAUGUUUACUUUAAAAAGUUGCAUUAACAUAGCUACUUCAUGUUGAAGAAAUGGAUUGACAUUGGUGGCCAAGAUUAUUACUAUGGAAAUUCUGAGGACCUUGUAGAAUUUUGCAAGUUAUGGCAUUAUACAUUUAAAAAAAAAAACGACCAUAAAAACAAACAAAAAAGCGUGGGUGACUUGUGGACUGUGAGACCUGCCACACCAAGACAGAACAUUUUUUUAAAAGAAUGGACCUAUUUAUACAUUUUCAAUUUGAAAAUAUUUAU